UCUUUUGUUUACGUGUUUCAUUUUAGUUCUUUUUUUAUAAUUUAUCAAAUAUAUAUAAUAAACCAUGGUGAACAUGACAAAUUUACAACGCUGGCUUUUCUAUGGCACUCUUUUUGCGAUUCCCUACCUGGCCGUUGUCCUGGGCAGCGUAAAAACUCAGCUAACUUCCAAAUACUUGCUGCACAUCCAGCUGUUGCCGCUGUUGCUGUUGGUGCUCUUUGGGAUUUAUUCGGUGUGGACUGUGCUUUAUCGCGUAUUUACUUUCAACGACUGCCCCGAAGCCGCUAAGGAAUUACAAGCGGAAAUUAUCGAGGCUCGCAAAGAUUUGAUUUCCAAGGGAUUUAAAUUCCGCGACUAAAGUUGAGCCGGCAACCGAUUUAAGAAGAGAUUUGUGCAUGUUAUGUUAUUCUGUAAUUCCAUUAAUUAUAAAGCUGUGUUAAGCA